GCGCGGCCCGGGGGCGCCUUCCCCUCCUGCCCGCUGCCGCCAAGAUGGCGGCGCCCGUGUCGCUGCAGGUGGAGUUCGGAGGUGGUGCAGAACUCUUGUUCGAUGGUGUCAAAAAGCAUCAGGUGACUUUGCCCUGUCAACCAGAGCCUUGGGAUAUCAGAAACCUGCUGAAGUGGAUCAAACAGAAUCUGUUGAAAGAACGACCAGAAUUAUUUAUGCAAGGGGAAUCUGUGAGGCCAGGAAUUUUGGUGCUCAUCAACGAUGCAGACUGGGAACUAAUGGGUGAGCUGGAUUAUAAACUCCAGGACCAGGAUAAUGUGCUUUUCAUCUCGACACUGCACGGCGGGUGAAUUCCUGGGAAAACAAGAGGAUGUAAAUCCAAACCCCUGGGCAAAAAAAAAGGAAGAACAUGAACCCACCCAAACUCUCUUGAACUUCGUGUGCCCUGUCUUCAUCUUCCCACUGGCUUCAUUCCUUACUAGCCAUCCAAAUAAAGCCCUGCCAGCGUGCAGCCUGCUGUUCACCACAACACCAUCCAUCUUUUGGUCCUCAUUUCACCUCUCCUGACUGCACUUCCAGGUACCCUAAAGAGCAGAGAGCACCUGUAACAUGUGGGACUGGGUUUUUUGUGAUGGGAGGAAGAGGGGUUGCUGAACCUUGAGAAGGAUGAUGUGGCUUGGUAGACAUUGAGGUGUUCUGGGGGACUUGGGCCUGCUUUGGGGCAAAGGUGGGCUGCUUGGAACUGGGAUUCUUUUAACACAAUACUUGGUGCUGGUGCAGUCUGCGCCAGCCACAGGGAUGAUCAGGGAAGGGCGAGACAUUAAGUGCAAAGAAACAGAAGGUAACUUUACUAGUUUUUCUCCAAAGGUGGCAGACAUUACAGAGCCCUCUGUAGUGGCUUUCCACUUGUCAUGAUAUUUAUUUUUGGGACGUAGGAGAGAUACAGGCUUUUUUUGGUGUGUUUUUCUGGUGCCUUAUGCCUCGUUCACACCUGAGCUGAGGCAGUGUGAAUUACUAGCCCACAAACAAUGUCAAUUUAUAACCAUUUGUUUGGAGGGGAAGCAAACCUUUGCCUGGCCUGAGACAGCAGAGAGUGAUAAGGGCAGCAAAUUAUCUUUCUGUCACUGUGAUGGACAGAAUUGAUCAGCUUUCCCUGUGUUCUGUGCAAGUGGGGAGUGAUGGGGAGCUGCGUUUGCUGCAGCCUGGCCAGGAAAGGGCUGAGGCUGGAGAUUAACAGUUAAAGGCAGAGACCCAGGGAAGAAAAUCAGUGCAUUUUAACCCUUUUCCUUAGUGGGAGGGGGAGGCUUCUUACUGCACACCCUGAGGAAGUCCUGUGGGUGCAGCAGAAGUGGGUGUGUGCGGCUCUGCUCACCCAUGGGUGCUCUUUGCUUUCCAGAAGUUUCCUGGGACAGGCACUGGCCUGCCUGCCAGCUGGGAGGCCACGGAGAGAGCAGAGGGAAGGGGUCAGGGAGGAUAGCAUUGUCACCACAGGUCUGGAACAUGCUUCCAGGAGCAUCCAGGCAGGGUGGCCCUUCCUGCACUCCCCCUGCCCUGCUCACCUGUGUUUCAGGUCGGCUCCGGCAGAGCCCGGUAGUACCCGGUGAGCAGUGGCUCUGCCCGAGGGUUGGCUGUAAGCUCAGUCCGCACCAUCUCCUGCCCACCCCUGCUCUGCUCUCCAGGAGCUGCUGGGGAGCAGCUCAGUGCACCAGCCCUCAGGUAGCUUGGCCUGGGGGCACCCCCAGGAGCCUUCCCCAUCCCCUGCCCAACAGAGACAGAGGAGUCGCUCCAUCCUCAGGGAAGGAAUUCCAAUGAGCAGUUCCCCUGCCUGACUUCUCCGGUGACUCCUCUCACAUUUUCCCCACCACAGCCUGCCUUGCUAAACAUACCCACGGGCUAUGCUGUGCCUGCAUCAGAGAAACCCCCACUUCAGAGCCCCCACUUCAGAGCCCGCUGCUGGUAACCAACCGAUAUUCAGCCUCGUCCAAAUCCAGCCGCAGCGACUCAAGUCCAGCGUGUUUGUAAAUGGCAUGGGCAGGCCCAAGGCUCUUCUCUGUCCUGAGUUCACAGCCAUGAGCUUUGCCAGGCCCGGGGAGCAGAGGGAAGAUUCCAGGUGAUGAUUCUUGGAGCUGGCUGAAAAACAACGAACC